GCCAGUCCGGUCACCGCUGCUCGUCGGCCGCCAUGGCCUCCAGGGCAGGCUUUUCUCGACCUCUGCGACGAGAUGCACGGAGAAACCCAUCAUGAAUCGCUACAGCCGCACCGUGACCAAACCCAAGACCCAGGGCGCGAGCCAGGCCAUGUUGUACGCGACGGAUGGUAUCUCGAGCGACGAGGACUUUGACAAGGCCAUGGUCGGCGUCGGCAGUGUCUGGUACGAAGGCAACCCAUGCAACCGCCAUCUACUGGGACUCGGACAGCUCGUCAAGAGAUCGCUCACGGAAGCAGGCAUCAUCGGCUACCAGUUUGGUACCGUCGGUGUCAGCGACGGAAUCAGUAUGGGUACUCGCGGGAUGUCAUACUCUCUCCAGUCGCGGGACCUGAUUGCGGAUCAGGUUGAGUCUGCUGCGGGUGGACACUGGCUCGAUGGCAUGGUCGUCAUUCCUGGUUGUGACAAGAACAUGCCAGGCGUGUUGAUGGCACUCGGUAGAUUGAACCGGCCAGGUAUCAUGGUCUACGGCGGAACCAUUCGCCCCGGAUCCUGUGCUGGCGCGCCACAACUUGACAUUGUCUCCGCCUUCCAGUCGUAUGGAAAGUUCCUCCAGGACGGCCGCACCGAAGAGGCUGAACGCGAACGUUACAAUACCGUCCGCCACGCCUGCCCAGGACCUGGCGCUUGCGGAGGUAUGUAUACCGCAAAUACGAUGGCCUCUUGCGCCGAGGCUCUCGGCAUGUCUCUUCCGGGCUCGUCUUCUUUCCCGGCCGAGUAUCCUGAAAAAAUUCAGGAGUGUGCGUCCGUCGGACCUGCGAUGCGUGCCCUCCUUGAAAAAAACAUUUUGCCACGGGAUAUCAUGACUCGGUCCGCGUUUGAGAAUGCCAUGGUCCUGACCAUGAUCCUUGGCGGAUCAACUAACGCCGUGCUACACCUGAUUGCGGUCGCACACUCGGUGGGCAUUACGCUCACUAUCGACGACUUCCAAGCCGUUUCGGAUCGCGUACCAUUUAUCGCUGACCUGAAGCCCAGUGGCAAAUAUGUCAUGGAGGACGUAUACAAAAUCGGCGGUAUCCCCAAAAUCCUGGCUUACCUCAUGAAAAACAAUCUGAUCGACGGAAAUAACAUGACUGUCACCGGUCAGACCCUCGGAGAGAACCUUGAACGGUGGACACACAAGCACGGGGAGCUCUCCUUUACGGAGCAAGACGUUAUCCGCCCCCUUGAAAAACCGAUCAAGGAGACUGGUCACCUUCGCAUCCUGAAAGGCAACCUCGCGCCAGGCGGUGCUGUGGCGAAGAUUACCGGCAAGGAGGGCCUGGGUUUCACGGGCAAGGCGCGUGCGUUCGAUACAGAAGAUGAAUUUGUUGCGGCAGUAGAGAGCGGCUCCAUCAAGAAGGGUGAGAAGACUGUCGUGGUUCUUCGUUAUCUCGGGCCCAAGGGUGGACCAGGUAUGCCGGAGAUGCUUAAGCCCACCAGUUUGAUCAUGGGAGCCGGCCUGGGUCACGAUGUCGCCUGCCUGACAGACGGGCGUUUCAGCGGAGGGAGCCACGGUUUCUGCAUCGGCCAUGUUGUGCCGGAAGCGCAGGUCGGUGGUCCUAUCGCGCUCGUGCGUGACGGCGACGUUAUCUCUGUCGAUGCGGUCAAGAACAGUAUUGAAUUGCACGUGGCCUCCGAGGAGCUCGAGCGCCGCCGCAAAGGGUGGAAGGCACCUCCGCUCAAGGUCUCGCAAGGCACGCUGUACAAGUACACGAAGGUUGUUGAAGACGCCAGUCACGGUUGCAUCACCGAUGCCUGAGCGCAAGCAGGUCAUUCAACUGAUCACGGUGCGCUUCUUCCAAAAGUAUGCGAGUGCGGACGGCUGUGUAUGUAAUUUGGACGACCUUCAGACGGACGGGUUUGUACGCUAGCAGAUGCCACGAUGCUACGUUCCGCCUCCACUCGGAUAUGCGACCCUGUAUGGUCCUUCCCACACAAUCAGGCUGGUGUGCUUCUCAAGCUGCGCAUCGGCAAGAGUAUCUCGCCUACCCUCGGUCAAAUGUCGGGCACGUUGCUAUCCACAGAACCUGCGCUGUCUAUCUUCACAUAUACCACCGAAGUCAAGAUCUAAGCUCGCGGGUCUGCGGAGUGCAAACUGACUCUGGCUUCUCUCGCGCCGCAGCCUUCUUCGUAUGCCAGCUUCU